AUGGAGUUGCUGAAAAAGUACAUAGAGGCAGAUCCUUACAGAGCCGUCUUUGGGCGCCGAUUGGACCCGUUUCAGAAUUUCGGCAAGAACGACACUUCAUUAAAUGGUUUCCUUGAGUCACCUACCAGUUUAGAAAAGCCACGCAAUCUUAGACCGGGAGUAGACAAGCGGCAAAAGAGAAGUGAUGCCAAUCAUGUUGGACUGCAGUACGACCCUAUUAGUGGGCGCAUGGUGCCGAUACCGCCGCCCACUAUACUUGAAUCCAGCAAGCUGGAAGCAGAUACCAACUCUCAUAAAGUGGUUGAUUGCUCCCCAGGCACUGAGGUCGGCGCAAAAUUCGCUCACAACCCCGGUUUGGCCGAGGAUGGACAGUUCCAGCCCGGAAACACAGAACUAAGCCCCGAAGCCCCGUCAAGCGCACAGUCAACCAUUGAUUGUCCCCCAGGAAGCUUCAAGCCCCCCCAGGAAACCAAACGAAAGUCCUCUGUAGACAUCGAUUGUCCUCCUGGAAGCGAAUUGGAAACAUUGUUUGUUUCUGAAUCUAUUCCUUCUGCAAAGCCUCGGCCGGACACAUCCAAGGUCAACGGAAACACCAAUAGACCGAAUUUGGAUGCCGGUUUAACUGCGGACACUAAUGUGGAAUGCUCCCCCGGAAGUGAGCUGGAGGCCAAAUUCAUGUGUGAUUUUCCUAGCGGAUCUGUCAAGAGUUCUCCGUCUGCAUUGGAGACACAACCUCCGAGCAACCAAACUGGUAUUUCAAUUGAUUGCCCACCAGGCAACGAGGUGGAUGCAAAGCUUUCUUCUGAUCUCCAUAGUCUCAAAUUUGAGCCUGACGGUCCUGUUCAUCAAACGACUGAUACCGCUGCCAUGACAGGCACUCGAGAAAGCUUUGGGGGCUCUCCAGGUAGUGAGAUCGAAGCCCAUAUUUUGUCAGAGUCAGAGUCAGCCAGUCAGGACAUUGCCCAAUCGGAAGCCCAAACCUCUGUUAAUUGUCCUCCUGGGAGCGAGCUAGAGGCCAAGUUUAUCUGCAACGCAGCUUCAAUCGAGAAAAAUCAAUCACAGCCAGAAGUACCCACUGGCCUUGAUACAUCCAGGAUAACCAACAAUGUUGUCGAUUGCACACCGGGGAAUGAAUUAGAAGCAAAAUUUAUUUCUGAGAUGGUGGGUACUGAGAGCCUCAAUGAGAAUGAAGACUUGAGCGCCCUGGAUGCUAGUAAAAUUCGCUCUCGUUAUACUCCUUUGAAAUCAAAGGUGCAAGCCAAUCCGCUGGAUUUUGAUGCUUCCGAAGACCGCGUUGGUGACUUCAUUCUCGAAAGCCAGAACCUAGCCACUGAAAAAGGAGAGCAACUAGCAGACUCCCAAAUACCUUCCUCUAAAUUCCAUAUUCUGGCUCUCGAUACAUCGACGUCGCAAGUCUCAGUUGCACACGCAGAGUCAUUCUUCGGCGUUGAUGAAGAUAGAAGGCCAAGUGAAAUUCUGUCUCGACUGCACAACCCUGCCAAAUUCCUACCCUAUUUCGAGAAGAUGCAGGAAGAUGGUUACGAAAUUGCAACAGGUGGAGGCAACAUCCUUGUCUUCCGAAAGACCCAAAGCACCUCUCGCCACACCCUCUCAAAUACCGCAAGAGACGAAGAACCAGAAAUUCACGCCGAAAUUGCUCGAUAUCUCCGCCACGACUCAAUGGACUCCGCUGCUACAUACGCCGGACCCCCUGGCAACUCACCAGUGAGUCCCGAGCCCAAACCAACCGCAAAAUCCGAGCUUUCGUUUCUCAAAACAGGCCGCAGAAUGCUCAUCGCAGGCACAGCAACCACAGCAACGUGUUACGCCAUCGGGGUAAUGACCGAGUUCUUCCGCACCGGCGGAAAUGAUGGGCGGGGAAUUGAUGGAUUCACUGUGUUUGAGUCAGAUCGACGUUGCCGAGAGUAG